AUGGUUCGGGGCUUGAAGCAAGGACACAAGUCUGAUCCCUUUUUGGAAGAAAGAAUGGCACCCUCUCUUAGUGCGAUAUAUAUCUGCCUCCCCCCUCGGCAGGUUGCCAUGGUCGCCAUACCUACUCUCUCUCUCCUACUGGUCCUGGCAGAGUGGGCAGGUCUGGUGGACUCAUCCCCCCACCUCCUGCUGCGGCCCAGCCCGCGGGAGCGUGAUGCAUCGGCCAUGAUGAACUUCAACAUUGCUGUUAUCCAUGCCGGGGCCACCGUGCAGGCGGAGGCAGCGGUGGCGGGGCCUGGAGGAAGGGUGCUGUACCCCGGCUUCGGCCGGGUCUAUGGCUCCCUGGGGGAGAGCGUUGUCACCCAGUGGGGCUCCGCUAACGUCAUCUGGCUACAGGUUAGACGCUGUGUCACACGUUACUUGAAGAUGUGCAGACGCAGUUCAUCGUCCGUCCUCACUGAGCUGAAUGUGGGGGAAGCUCUGAAUGACCACAAUGAAUUGUUGGUGAAUGACAGUAGUCCUAAGACAGUGCUGUCCCAACUGUGUGAGCUGUUGGCGGCGAGACCCCUGCAGGGUCUGGUUUACGAAGAGGAGAGGCCCCCUCGCACUGCCUGGGGUCCUUUGGCCCCCAUGCUGGAGUUUGUCUCUGCGCAAACGGGACUGCCCAUAGUGGCUGUAGGAGGGGGAGCAGGGCUGGGGAGGAUGCCGCAGGAGUCAGGUUCCAUCUUUCUCCAGUUCAGCUCCUCCACUGCUCUCCAAUUAGAGGUCAUCUUUGAGGUGCUGGAGGAGUAUGAUUGGACCGCCUUCUCCGUGGUGGCUACACGUCACCAUGGCUACCAGGAUUUUCUGUCUGUGGUGGAGGGCCUAACGGACGGCUCGUUCAUCGGCUGGGAGAAGAGGAGUGUGGUGAUCCUGAAUGUGACCGAUGACCCCGGGGGGGCACGCACACGCAGGCUGCUGAAGGAGAACGAGGCGCAGGUACGUUUGCUGUACUGCUCUCAGGAGGAGGCUGAGUUGGUCUUCCGUGCCGCCUGGGCAGCCGGUCAAGCUGGAGCCUCACACAUGUGGUUUGCAGUGGGGCCAGCUCUCUCAGGUUUGGGCAUGGAGAACCUGCCUCAGGCUAUAUUUGCGGUACGGCCUCAGGGCUGGAGGGACGAACCUAGGCGGCGGAUUGCUCGAGGUGUGUCUGUGCUGACUCAUGGAGCAGUGGCAAUGCGCAAGGAAUAUGGGACCACCGGUGGGCCAAACUUUGUAACCAACUGCAUGACGGAUGCCAAUCAGACUCAGAGACUACGAGGCAGGAUGAGAUAUUUCAGCAACAUCACUCUCGGUGGUCGAGACUUCUCCUUCAACGGUGACGGUUACCUUGCCAACCCCUUCUUGGAUGUAAUUUCCUGGACACCUGGGCGUGGAUGGGAAGAUGUAGGCUGGUGGGAGAAUGGUGUGUUGAGGCUUCGGUAUCCAGCCUGGUCCCGUUAUGGGCCAUUCCUUAAACCACCUGAUGAUGCCCAGCACCUGCGUGUGGUCACACUGGAGGAAAGGCCAUUUGUCAUUGUGGAACUUGCCGACCCUGCAUCUGGAACCUGCAUCCGUGAUUCAGUUCCCUGCAGACGACCCCUUAAUGCCAGUGCCAUCCACGAGGGUGUGGCUCCCUUGAAGCAGUGCUGCAAGGGCUUCUGUAUCGACAUCCUCAAGCGACUGGCCAAAAUUGUGGGCUUCACCUAUGACCUAUACUUAGUGACCAAUGGAAAGCAUGGGAAGAAAAUCGAUGGGGUGGUGUACAAGCGGGCAGAUAUGGCCAUCGGCUCGCUCACCAUCAAUGAAGAAAGGUCAGAGGUCGUGGAUUUCUCAGUCCCUUUUGUGGAGACGGGGAUCAGUGUGAUGGUCUCCCGCAGCAAUGGAACUGUAUCACCAUCAGCUUUUUUAGAACCCUACAGUCCAGCUGUGUGGGUGAUGAUGUUCGUCAUGUGCCUGACUGUUGUAGCUGUGACUGUCUUCAUUUUUGAAUUCUUCAGCCCUGUGGGCUACAACCGCAGCCUGCAGACUGGCAAAAAAGCUGGAGGGUCUACUUUCACUAUAGGAAAGUCUGUCUGGCUUUUAUGGGCCAUUGUCUUCAACAACUCUGUGCCAGUGGAGAACCCACGAGGAACCACAAGCAAGAUCAUGGUGCUGAUUUGGGCCUUCUUUGCUGUCAUCUUUCUGGCCUCCUACACUGCUAACCUGGCUGCCUUCAUGAUCCAGGAGGAGUACAUUGACACGGUGUCAGGCCUCUCGGACAAAAAGUUUCAGCAUCCAGAGGAGCAGUACCCACCUCUGAAGUUUGGCACAGUGCCCAACGGGAGCACAGAAAAAAACAUCCGCUCAAACUACCCAGACAUGCACCAGUACAUGGGCAAAUACAACCAGAGAGGAGUGGAGGACGCCAUCCUGAACCUAAAGACCGGGAAACUGGAUGCUUUUAUUUAUGAUGCUGCAGUAUUGAACUAUAUGGCCAGGAAGGACGAAGGUUGUAAGGUGAUGACCAUAGGCUCGGGGAAGGUUUUUGCCACCACAGGCUACGGUAUCGCCCUGCACAAAAACUCACGCUGGAAACGUCCUCUUGACCUGGCUUUGUUGCAGCUGGUGGGAGAUGAUGAGAUUGAGAUGCUUGAACGCCUAUGGCUGUCUGGCAUCUGCCAUAACGAUAAAAUUGAGGUGAUGAGCAGUAAACUGGACAUUGAUAACAUGGCUGGGGUUUUCUACAUGCUGCUGGUGGCUAUGGGCCUCAGUCUGCUGGUGUUUGCCUGGGAACACUUAGUCUACUGGAAGCUGCGCCACUGCAUGGCUACUAGUUCUGGCAAAUUGGAUUUUCUCCUAGCAAUCAGCAGGGGCAUGUAUAGCUGCUGUAGCUUUGAGGAUGAAACAGCACCAGGUGGUGCAAAAACUUUGCCUUCGCACCACCACACAAUGGUUACAGUGCCAUCACAGCCACAUGUGGUCUCAACCGCCAUGAGCAACCCGACCAUUGCCAUGGCACAACAGCAGCAACAACCACAGCAGCAGCAACCACAGCCUGUCUACAAAACACCUCUACCAGGCUCACCUCCCACCAUGGUGCACUCUGGGACAGCACUGGGUGCCUCCAACACCCCCAUUGCUGGUGCACCUCUCCCUUGUUCCACCUUCCUGCCCCGGCCAGACCGCAGGCUGGCUGUGGUGGAUCGCUGGAGGCUGCCCAAAUCUGCCACAGCCACCAACCCCAUGGCUGUUCGGGGUGCCAUGACUGACAUGGGAGCCUUUUCUCAGAAAGUUCCACCAAACUGGGCUUCAACUACUGGAGGGGGCGGGGGACUUGAUGGCUAUAAGAGAUACUAUGGUCCCAUUGACCCUGAGGGACUGGGGCCCUGCAUGGAGCAGCAGGCAGGGUCCCAGACCCCCAAGACUAUGCCUAGGGGCCACCCCCAGCCCCCUCCAGCUAGUGUCGCCUUCUACUCUGAGAAAGGCAUGGACCAUGGGGUGGGGAAGAAGGUGGUGGGAGGUGGCAGUGGAGGUCAGGGGAAAGGUGCUGUGAAAGCUCUGGGUACUCCCAGACUGCCUCCUAAAAGUCAGGCCCCUCUGCCCCCUACACCCCCACUGCCACACCCCUCUCCCCCUCUCCCCUCGUCCUUCUGGAGAAAGCGGAGGCCGAAGAAGCCUAAAGAGCCUGGAGGGCCGCUUUACGAGAACAUUCUGCCGCUGGGGCGGAGGGGAGGAACGCGAGAUGUUGUGAGGGAGGGAGGAGGGAGGAGGCCACGCCCCCUCUCUCCUCCGCUCUCACUUCCUGUACCAGUACCCCUCAGCCCUUCCUAUACCCCUCCUUCCCCAUCUGCAUCCUUGUUGUAUACAUCUUCUUCCUCUUCGUCAACCACUUCGUCCACAUCCUCGUCCUCAUCUGCUUCAUCAUCUCGCUCCACAUCACCUACCUACUCGUACAGCUCCUCCAGGAGCACGCGGGACAGGACUGGAGGGAUGGAUGGAGAGGAUGACGACGACGAUGAAGAGCUGACGGAGGAGUCAAGCCUCCUUCUUGGGAGGGGGAGAGACAGGGAACGUUCAAUCAUCAGGCCACGCUCCUUCAGCCACGGCCGCCUUCCACCCCCCAUACCGCCCAGGAAACCACGCACAUCCUGGGGUGACAGACAAAGGGAACGCGAGAGAGAAAGAGGUGGGAGCCAACUGUCGCAGCUCCAAGAGUGGUGGGCAAGCUGGAGUGAAAGAGAGAGGAGCGGAACAGGUGGAGAUGCUGACCGACAAAAGAGGGAAAAAAAGAGGAGGAAAGAAAAAGAGAAGAAGAAGAAGAAAAAGAGCAAAAAGAGGAAAAAGAGAGAGGAAAGAGAAAGAGAACGAGAGAGAGAAAGGAAGCGGAGAAAGGUUAAAAAGAAGAAAAAGAAGGCACUGAAAACAAAGAAAAGGAAGAAAUCAACUGGCGGAAAACGGUCUGAGCCAGAGGAGGGAGAUGUAGAGCCAGAGAGGGACGGAGAAGCAGAGGGCGAGAGAGAAGGAGGAAUACAAGACUACUCUUCCUUUUCUGGCCAGUAUAGGAGCCCAUUUGGAGACAAGGGGCGGGAUUCAUGGGAUGGCGAGAGGGAAAGAGGCAGGAGAGACGGAGGUGAGGAAGGGAAUGACAGGGACGAGGAGGACAGGGAGAGGCGUCCCAAAUCUUCACACUCUCAUUCAAGACAUCGUACACCAACUAGCCGCUACCCCAACUUGAAUAAACUCCCUGCAUCUGUCAAAUUUUGGGUGAAUGGAAGAGGAGAUAACUCUGGUGCUCCUCCAACAUCCCUUCACCCACUCCUUCCAUCAUCCAAGCGUAGAAGAAGUGGAGGGACAGAUAGAGAAGAUAGUGGUAGAGUUGGGGAGCGCCGCCCGCUGUUAAUGCAUUAUGAAAAAGACAAAGCACAGACAAGAGAAGGGCUGUCCUUCCAAGAGUGGGACUCUGAUGACGAUGACGACGAUGAUGAGGAAGAGGAGGAGAGGGACAGAGUGAGGGAGCGGAUGGACAGUAGGGGAAGGAGGGCAGGAAGGGGGGCAGUUUCUGAGUCGGAGAGGGACAGGGCCAGGGCAGAAGACAGCUACUCAGAUGAGGGCUCUUCAGGAGAGUUUGGUCGUUUUGAAAGAUACUGGGAGGAAGGUGCAGGAGGGAGCAGUGGAAUUGGGGGGAUAGGUGGAGGAGGCUGGUUCUUUGGUACUUACCCUUCCAGAGAGAAAGGGGGUAGUAUAAACAGCCGAGAUGAUUCUUUACUGGGAACCCGAGCAGAGGGCUGGAUUGGUACUGACUUCUGGGGAUCAGGGCCAGUUGGUUGGGGUUCUGGGGGAGGGAGUGGGGGGUUGGGUUCGCAGUGGCCUACGCCCCCAACAGCCUUCCCUCCACCUAGACGAUACUGGUCUAUGGACAAGAUUCCUGUGAAGGGAGAGAAAAAGUGGAAGAGUGGAGGAGGGAAGAGCAAGGGGAGGAGUAGGGAAAGAGGGGAAGAAUCAGGUCGGGCAACCAUGUGUUCCUGUAGCCUUUACCCCCAACCGCAUCCUUAUCCACAUCCCCACAGCCGCUCGCACACCUCCCACUCCAAGAGAGGAGCCUCUGCGCUUUCCCACAGCCAAGAGGAGCUUCUCCCCCACUGCCACAGCUUCAGCGGGGUUCCCCAUCCGAAGUCUCUGCCUCCUAAACCAGAUUCAAGUCAGGCCAAAUCAGGCAGCCAGUCUAACCUCAGCCUCAGCACACAGCCAACAGAUCAUCCACCACAGCCCUCACCAUCACCACCACAGCAGCCGUCGAUGUCUCCUACCUCCCUUCCAAUGCCCAUCCCACCUCCGCCCUCCUCAUCCUCCAUCUCACCACCACCAGGGGUAGGGAUGACAGGCCAGGCCCAGGCUCAGUCUUCAGCCAGCGCCAAACUCCAGUACCAGAGACUGCGUUCUGUGCCACAGCCACGGAGGUUCUACUCCCCCCACCUGCCACUCAAAGCCAAGAGCCUGUGCUCACGCCGAGGUUCGGCCCACUUCUCCAGCCUUGAGAGUGAGGUAUGA